CUCAAAUAGUAAUAACUGUGGAUUACUUCUCAUGUAAGAAAAGAUUAAAAAUUGCUUGUGGUUACUUAUUACCUUUGGUUCUAAUGUUUUAACCUGGUCAAAUUUAAUUUCUUUUUCCUUUUUCCCUAAUGUACAUUAUUAGAUUUAGGAAGUGUGCAUUGGGCAUCAUUAACUAGUAUAUAUAUAGACGUGGUCCGAGGUAUAGUAUUAUUAUGUGAUAGAACAGAAAAUAGAAUUUCAGUUUUAAGAGUCACAUAGCCAAAAAUUCUCUCAAUUCCACUUCAUUGAAAAACAAGUUACCCCAAAUUCUUUGCAAUACAACUUCAUACACUUUACUUCACUACCCAAAGGUUAGUUCAAUAUUGCACUUCCUCAUUAAUGCAUGAAAGUAAGACAGCCAACGAAAUCCUUUAUUAAAUCUCACUACUUGUAGUAGUAGUAGUAGUAAGGUUAGUUAGGGCUUCAAUAAGCAAACAAACAUCUUUUUUAUUACCUUUGUGGACUACGUAGAUUUAUAAGUUUCUAUUUUUGCAGUUGAUUAAAGUUGACAACAAAAAAGGGGAAAAAACAAACAAACAAUGCUGAUGCUAUAGUAUUUUUUUUAGGUUUUGGUGAUGCUAUAGGAUAUUUGUGCUACUGAGGAGGCUAUAUUGUUUGUUUUGUCGUUGUGGUACUGAAGUAGGGGUAAGGUUUGCGUACACACUAUUCUCCUCAGACCCCACUUGCAGGAUUACACUGCAGUGUGUUGUUGUUGUUAUUGUGGUACUGAGGUGAUCUUUUUUUUGUGUAUACGCGAACUUGGGGUAAGUCCAUUUACUCUGUAGUAUUGAAGGGAAAAAAGAAGAAGAAGAAAUGGAGCCUGAUGGUUUUGAAGCAGGAGCUUAUAGGGCUGAGAGAUUAAGAAUGCAUGGAGUUGAAUUGGAUGGUGACCCUUAUGUCGUGCCUCGUAGUGGGUUAAUGGGAAAUUCUUCGCGUACGCGGAGGAGUUUGAGCCCUUGGAGAGGGGAAGGGCCCCGUGGAGUUAGUAGGCGUAGGGGUGAAUUAAUGGAUAGUGGGGUAAUGGAACAAUCUUCACGUAGGCAGAGGAGUUUGAGCCCUCGGAGAGAGGAAGGGCCCCUCGGAGUUAGUAGGUGUAGGGGUGAGUUAAUGGUGAGAGAUGAAGAGUUCAGUGAUAGAGGUGACAUAAGGGAACCCCAGUUGAGGAGAGGGUUGAUGGUUAGAAAUCAAGAUUUUAGUGAUAGAGGUGAUAUAAUGGAACCCCAGUUGAGGAGGAGAGGGUUAAUGGUGAGAGAUGAAGAAUUUAGUUAUAAAGGUGAUGUUAUGGAACCCCAGUUGAGCAGGAGAGGGUUGAUGGUGAGAGAUGAGGAGUUUAGUCGUGGAGGCAAUAUAGUGCAGCCUAAGUUGAAGUCGCCUGCUUAUCAACAAGUGGAUGAAAAGCCUCGACGUCAUUAUGAGGCUUCAUUGAGUAGGGAUGAGAUGGAGAGAAGAUAUGAUGAGCUUGUUGAUUAUGAGAACAGAUAUGAAGCUGCACGCACUGGUGUGGAUUAUGAUUAUGAGUAUGAUGGUGCAAGAAGUGUUCAAGGCCAUAAUUCGAAUAAAGAUAGAGGUGGUGUGCAUCAUCAUGGGUUGGACAGACAUAAACUGUUGGCUUUGGAGGAUGGAGCGUCCCGGUCUAAGGAAUGUUUGACCACAUCCUCUGGAACCUCUAAGAUGAAUUAUGCACCUAUGAUUCAAGAUGAUAUGCAUUUUCUUGGGGAUAUUCAUUCAAGGAGUUCCACGAAGCUUAGACAACCAUUAUAUCUCAAUGAAUAUAGUGAAAAUCACAGUUAUAAUACCCUACAAGAUUAUGCAGCUGGGCAUAAGGAACUGACAGGCUAUCAAUAUGAUAAAGUUAGUUCUCCCAGGGGUGACAAUUUGAACUAUGUAUAUCCUGAAGGGAGACCAAGAGAUACUAGUGAUUAUGUUCAUUCAUAUGAAAGGACUAGUUUGCUUGAACAAGCGAUUCUGCCAAGGCGACUGGAUUACCAUAGCAGCAAAGAUGAACAUUCUAAUUCCUAUGAUGAGAGGCGGAGGAGAUCGCCCCAGCUCGAACAUGAAAUGGAAAUGCUUGGAGAUAGGGUACGACUAAAGAACAUUGAAUCAGGUGUUAUUGGAUGCGAUGGUCAUCCAAUUCUGUCAGUAAAGAGGAAUUACAUUUUAGAUGAAGAAAAGAUGGGGCAUAAUUCUGGACCGGUUGUGUUCAGUAGCUUGAAGAGAAACAUUAACAGAGCUCAAGAUAUAGAUUAUAGGAAUGAGGUGUGGGAUGAUCAAGAUGAUAGUGGCUUAUUGUCUCCGGAGAACUUUGAGGAUGACAAGUGGUUUGGAGAGGCAGAAAGAACAUACAGCAGGGACCUUUACGAUAGAGUUGCUGCCACUGAUGGCUUAUUGUCGUAUCGCGGUUCAAUAGAUCAGGGGCAAAGGCACCUUAUUAGACCAUAUAAUCCUGGUAAAAAGCAAAAGGUGCAUGAGAAUCCAAGUACACUGAGACAGUAUGUUUCAAUUCAAGGUAACAGGAACUAUCAUCUUACAAAAAAUAUUUGGACAAGAGGCAAAUAUGAUAAACAAACAGAAGCAUCUCACCACGUGGUUGAUGAAUUAAAGGAUCGGGUAGCUUGUGCAAAAACUGAGUUGCCUGAAGACUCAAUUGAAUUUAAGCAACUGGUACAUAAUUUCUUCCUAUCUUACACCAAAAAGUUGAAUCAGAGUGUUGCGACUCAGAAAAGAUACAAGGAGCAAGGCAAGGCCGGUGGCUUAUACUGCAUUGUUUGUGCCAACAGUUUUUUCUUUGCAACUGCUAAAUGCUUGUACUUUCUCAGUCAAUUGAAAGAGUUCAAAGAUACUCGAUCCUUGGCAACACAUUGUUUUAUGACGCAAAGGUUGGGGUUGAAAGCAAAACACUUGGGUCUUUUCAAGGCAAUAUGUGUCCUAAUGGGGUGGAGCAGUGAUGCACCCCCUGAAGGCAAAUUAUGGAUUCCAGUGGCUGUUCCUGCCUCUAAUGCUUUAGCCCAGAAAGAAGAUCUUAUUCUCUGGCCACCAGUGGUUGUUAUACAUAACUGCUCUGGAUUGGUAACUGGCCUAGAUGGGGAAAAAGUCACGGCAGCUGUUGAGGACUUUCUAAGAGGUAAAGGUUUUAGUGGUGCUAGAAUGAGGGUUCGUCUGGCAAAGCCUGGUAGCAGCAGCGUAUUACUGGUGAAGUUCUUGGGCAUUAUUCCUGGCUUUCUGGAUGCAGAAAAGCUUCAUAACCACUUCAUGGAAGAAGAGCGCGGAAGGAAAGACUUUGGAGUUGCAACUUCUACCAAGGGCAAAGGCAUCGACAGCAGAAAUGUGAAGGGGGAUGAAGAGGAACUUUUGCUCUAUGGUUACAUGGGAAUAGCUGAAGACUUGGAUAAAGUUGAUAUUAGCACCAAGAGGAGAAGUUUAAUCAAGAGCAAAAAGGAGAUUCAUGAUUUUUUAGAUGCUCCUGUCUAACCUGUAGAGGAAGAUUAGGAUUAAAUUUUUUGUUGCAGCUGGGGAGAACACCACCAGCCAUCAUCCUUUCAGAACAUUAGAAAAGCAAUGUAGAUAGAGGGAUGAAAGAAAGGUACAAAGAAAACUAAAGGAUUGUGAAUUGGGGGAUAGAACUCGGUUCAUAUCCACGUUUUUGUAUUAAACAUUAAUGGCUGCUCUUUU